AUCCAGCGUAUCAUGGAGACUGACGUCGGGAUCUCGGAGUACAUUGGCCACGACGUCCCGAAGAUCGAGGGGAUUAUCAAACAACGAUUCACGGACUUCCUUGUAUAUGAGGUAGAUUUGGACAGCAACGUGAUUCAUCUCAAGUCGUUGGACAAGCCGGAAUCCUCUCCCAAAAAGAAAGACGAGGCCAAUGAUGGCGACGCUGUCAAUCCAGAAAGGACAACAAACACAGAUACAGCGGAAAUUCCUGCCGCAAAAGAAGAGACAAAAGAGGAGCCGGCAUUAGAAGAUGGUAAUGGGAAAGCCUCCGGGUCUGGCGACGCACAGGCCGAACCGUCUGGCUCGUCAAUUCCGCCGAAGGAGGGCGAGCCUUGGCCUGAGCGAUUCACGACCACACUGUCUCCCUUCCUCUCCGAAGACAUCAUAGCCCGUAUCAGAGGGCUAUUUUUGGAAGGAUCUGAACCACCUUUCCUCAGUGACAGCGGCUGGGGCGGACGCCAAACCAAGCUCGCUGAGGGUGGCGAGAAAGCCGACGAUCAAGAGGCGCCAGCAGUAGAAGAACCGCCGAUGGAAGAGCCUACUAGAGGUAAAGGACGACGCGGCAGAGGCGGGCGCGGAGGACGUGGAGGGAGAGGAGGAGGGAGAGGUGGUAGACCCGGCAAGAGAGAGGAUCAUCGCAAAGUGCUGACCGAUCCUAUCUCGUCCAAGGAAACGCGCACCGGGCUGCACAAAGCGAUACGAGAGUUGUUUGAGGGGAAACUGGACACUGAGACUGAUCUGAGCGCCCCUGCGGCCGACGAGGGCUCUCGGAUUGUGAUCAAGUGGUCGAAGAGUGGCGGUAGAGGCGGAGGGCGAGGUGGUGGAAGGUCGGACAGGCCCGAGAGAGGGAGUUACCCUUCAUACAUUCACUUCACCAUGCAGAAGACGAACCGCGAUACGCAAGACGCGCUCUCACAUCUCUCCCGUGUCUUGCACGUCAACGCCAAGGAUCUGUCUGUGGCCGGCACGAAGGACAAGCGCGGCGUGACAGUACAACGCGUCUCACUCCGCAGAGGAAACAAGACAGUAGAGGACGUGUGGACUAUGGCGAGCGGCAUCAACUCCACCCAGCGGCGGACACGAGAGGACGCGCUGACGAAGCGCGGCGACCGGGGCAUCAGGAUCGCCGACUUCAACUACCGGAAGGCGAGCCUGGAGCUGGGGAUGCUGAAGGGCAACGCGUUCGUCAUCACCCUGAGGAACGUGCAAGUCGACUCGAUGGAGACACUUGACAGGGCGAUGAACAUCAUGAAGACGAAGGGGUUCAUCAACUAUUACGGUAUGCAGCGCUUUGGUACCGCGUCUAUCCCGACACAUUCCAUCGGCCUCGCGCUCCUGAAGUCCGACUGGCACCGCGCCGUCAACCUCAUCCUGCGCAACCGACCGGGGGAGCACCCAGAUGUGGUCUCAGCGCGCAACGCCUGGCUCGUCGACGGUGACCUCGAGAGGGCCCUGCAAUGCAUGCCCCGUCGCGUCGUCGCCGAGCGCUGCAUCCUGGAGAGCUACAAGAAACAGGGCGGCGAGACGCGCAAUGCCAUGGGCGCGCUGUCUACGAUCCCCAAGAACCUCCGUCUGAUGUACGUCCAUGCGUAUCAAUCCUAUGUCUGGAACGCCAUCGUGUCUGAGCGUAUCAAGAUGCACGGCGCGGACAAGCCUGUGCCUGGAGACUUGGUGUUCGAGGUCGACCCCUCGGAGAAGCCGGACGAAGAGGAGCUUGAAGUGGGUGAGGCGGCCACGCAGGAGAAGGAAGAUGAAGAGGUAUCCACUGACAAGCGGCAGAAACGAGCCAGGAAGCCCUGGCAGCCGCCGAAAGUCAAGACACUGACAGCAGAAGACGUUGACAACUAUUCUAUCUUCGACGUGAUCAUGCCUUUACCAGGCAGAGAUGUUGCAUAUCCUGGAGGCGCUCUCGGGGAGCGUUACCGUGAGUUCCUUCGCAUGGACGGGCUGGAUCCGGAUGACUGGGAGCGCAAGCAGAGGGAGUACAGCCUGGGUGGCUCGUACCGUAAGAUCCUACACCUACCGAAGGAGCUCUCCUGGUCAGUCUUGCGGUACACUGACCCAGACGUCGCACUGGCACAAGCAGACGAAGACAAGCUCCUAGGCUUCGACCCACCGAUGGUCGUUGAGGACGGGAAGUUCAUGGCACUGCAAAUCAACUUGCAACUCGGAACGGCAGCUUAUGCCACCAUGGCUUUGCGCGAGGUCACCAAGACGGAAACGAGCUCACAUUACCAGUCAAGCUUGACGCUAGCCUCGGAAGACCAGAAGUACAAAACGGCGGUGGACGUCGCA